AUGCGUCUCCUCAUUCAAAACUCUCAGAAGCGUGAUCCUAAUAUAGAAAAUUUUGUGCUUCAGAGCAUUUGUGGAAAUCGCGAUACUUCACAAAUUGUGUGCUGUGCCGUGUUCAGAUUCGCACAGCAAAUCACUACUACUGCUGCUACCUCAGGAUCAUUCUUCUUCUCAAAUGUACAGUCAAUGGCUACUCAAACUACUCAAACCGCUCCUACUAGUACCAUUGGACAACAGUAUGGACAAUACAGAUUACCUACAAAUCCUGUCGACAUGUGUGGAAUGUCCAACGCAUCUCAUUCGCGAGUCGUUGGUGGAGUGGAUGCCCAACGUGGAGCGUGGCCGUGGAUUGCUGCAUUGGGUUACCGUGCGAGCAAUUUUGAUCUAACCACUGGACCGAGAUUUCUAUGUGGAGGCACUUUGAUAACGAGUAGACACGUGCUAAGUGCUGCACAUUGUAUUCAAAAUUUACUUUACUUUGUAAGACUCGGAGAGUAUGACAUAACCUCUGACAGUGACGGUGCAAAUCCUAUCGAUAUUUACGUCGAAAAAUCCUUCACCCAUGAGCAGUAUAAUGAGAAGACGGUUCAACAUGACAUUGCUCUCAUUCGUUUGCAACAAGAUGUGCAGAUUUCGGAUGCAAUUAAGAUCAUUUGUUUGCCGGUAGAGCAGGCAAUUCGUUCAUCUGACAUAACUUACUACUCACCAUUCGUUGCCGGCUGGGGUACAACGUCUUUCCGAGGCCCAACCGCUAGUCGACUUCAGGAAGUGCAAGUGGUCAUCCUUCCGACUGACCAAUGUGCCUUCAACUAUCAGUUGUACUUUCCGAAUCAGGUAUUUGACGAUACUGUGCUUUGUGCCGGGUUUCCCCAGGGCGGAAAGGAUUCCUGUCAAGGCGACAGCGGUGGACCGCUGAUGUUACCGCAGUACUACUAUUACAAUCUGGUUGGAAUUGUAUCUUACGGAUAUGAGUGUGCGAAGGAAGGUUUUCCAGGAGUAUACGUGAAGGUGGGCCCGUAUAUACCGUGGAUCGAAUCAAAGUUGAAUCUUUAA